GAGCAUGGCGUGGUCGGGCUGGCUGUCCCGGCUCCAGGUGCUGGCGGCCGCCUUGGCCGCCUGCUGUGGGCUGGGGGCCGCCUCCCUCGCCCGGUGCCGGCCGGCGCGCCGCCUCCGCCGCUGCCUCGCCAAGGUGCUCAUGGCCCUGGCCGGGCCCCUGGUGUUCCGCAUCGGGUACAGCCUGUACGCCCGCACCCGGCUGGGCUACCUCUUCUACAAGCGGCAGAUGAAGAAAGCCCGGGAGCGGUAUCCACAUGGCCACUCAAUCCCCCAGCCCAUGAUGUUCAGCGGGGUAAAGAUCCUGCCGAUUCCUGUGUUAGCCAACAACUACAGCUACCUGGUCAUCGACACCCGCUCCAACACUGCUGCCGCCAUCGACCCUUCAGACCCGCUGGCCGUGCAGGCAGCCAUUGAGCAGGAGGGGGUGACGCUGGAGGCCAUCCUGUGUACCCACAAACACUGGGAUCACAGCGGGGGGAACGUGGCGCUGAGGCGGCUUUACAGCUCCUGCAGGGUGUAUGGCAGUGCCUGUGAUGCCAUCCCUGAGCUCACCAACCCCCUCUCGGAUAAGGAGACCGUCGCCGUGGGACAGCUGCGCUUCAAGGCUCUCUUCACCCCGGGGCACACCGUGGGGCACAUGGUCUACGUGCUGGAUGGGAAGCCCUUCGAGGGGCCGGCCUGCCUCUUCUCCGGAGACCUCCUCUUCCUCUCAGGCUGCGGGCGGAUAUUCGAGGGGACACCAGAAACCAUGCUGGCCUCGCUGGAUACAGCUGCGGAGCUGGCAGAGGACACACUGCUCUGGCCUGGACACGAGUAUGCCCUGGACUGCCUGAUGUUUGCCAGCCUGCUGGAGCGGGCAAACCCCGUGCUGGAGCAGAAGCUGCAGUGGGUGAAUCAGCAGCGGCUGGAGAAGAGGAGCACGUGCCCCUCCACCAUCGGUGAGGAGAAGGAAUACAACCCGUUCCUGCGGACCCACUGCCGGGAGCUACACCGGGCCCUGCAGCUGCAGCGGCUGAGUGACGAGGACUGGGACAGCUUCCGGGCGCGGGUGCUGAAGGAGGUGCGGCACCGCAAGGACCUUUACAAAGCCAAUUAGCCCCUGGCAGGGCGGCGGGCGGGAGGGCUCUGCCCCAUGAGCAGCCUCCCAAAGGAGGGGGACCUUCCCUGUUGGGGUGGGGAGCGUCUGGCUGGGAAAGGGUCUCGCCCCGUCGCCAUGAGGGGUAUUAGUGAGCCGGAAACCCCUCCUCCUCAUCCCUGUGGAUGAAGACGGGUUCAGGUGGCAUCCCCCCCUCCCCUCCCUGCUGGCUCAAGAGGGCUCGUCUCCAAACAAAGUGGAUCCUUGCUGGUGGAAAGAAGGCGGCAGGGGGGUUAAAAUCCAGGAUGACCCCCCCCAAGCCCACCCCCAGGAGGCGUCUGACUCCAUAUGGUGUCAGUGGUGACCUUCGAUUGCCGCUGGCUGCUGGGGAUGAAUUCCUCCCCGCCCCCGCCCCCCCCCGCAAAGAUAGGGGGCAGGGAGUGGGGUGUUGGUGAGGUGCCUGGAAAAGCUUUUCCAGGGCGCAGGGCUGUGACUUUGUUUCUCUCGGGGACUGGACUUUGGCUGGUGGAAGUGCAGGCCCGGUGCGGCUCUGGGGGUUAGCCUGCGAAGCACAGGUUGUCUCUAUGAUACAGGCCCGCAGAUUCCAUUACACAGUGCCCAGUCCUGGGCCCAGCUGGGCACCCCAGCGUGUGGGGAGCGGUGCUACCCGAGGUGGCAUCGGGGGCAGCGCCAUGAGUGGUGUGUCGGUUCUUUCCUCUGCGUCCUGUCCCAGCCAGCCCCUUUGUGAGGCACCACUGACUCCUCCGUGAGCACACGCCCACCCCCCCGCGCUGGCUGGGAGAGACCAGGACCAACCACCACAAAAGCACCAGCCGGGGACGCCACUGCACGGAACUCAGCUCCGAUAGUGGACGGGAAGCCCCCCCGGCGCUGAACGUUCCUCCUUCCUGCGGCGUGGGGACGGGCGCAGCUGCGCCAGCAGGGAUCAAGGAUGAAGCUGUGCCGCUGGCCGGCCUGCCUCCCCGGCAGGCUGGUGGCUUCCCUUCAGGUCUCUGUGUUCACUUUGGUGAUUGUUCCCCGACUGAAGCAAGACCUGCUCCAUGCAACUGGGGUGCGGGGAGUGUGUGUGUGUGUGUGUGUGUGUGUGUGUGUGUGUUUGGGGGGGGUUAUGUCCUAAAGGAUUUUCAGGUCUCCACUCCAAGCACAAGGAUCCUAUGAGUUUGUAGCUUAGGUCUCCAGCCUGGAGAUGGUUCUACAUCUGCCCUCUUUGCUCUGGAGGUCAUUGGGGGCGGGGAGAAACAGACUCGGCCUGCUUCCUCCCCCUGACUGCGCCUAUUUGCCCUUCUCGGCAGACAAGAACACAGGGGUAUCCCUCCCCACUGGAAAGGCAGCGAAUUUUAAACCUCCCAUGUGGAAACCUUGAACCUGUGAAAUUCACUGCUGGGAGAUCGCCGUGGAACCAAGAGCUUAGCGUGGAUGGCCAAGGGUCAGCCGUUCCUAGGGCUGAGAACGGCCCCAAUUACACAGGGUAGGGUACAAAGGAGGGGCACAGCGCCCGGUAUCUCAGGCUGUGAGCCAACCCCAAGCUUCUGGGGUUUAGGGAAACUUCCAGGGGAUUGGACUAGAGACCCCCUGAGGUCUCUUCCAACCCUAAUCUAUGAUUCUAAAUGCUUCCAUCUUCUGAAGCAACUGGUCCUGGUGACUGUUAGAGACAGGAGGAUACCGGGCUUGGGCAACCAGAGCGGAAGCUAGUGUGGACACACUGUUGGGGUGAAAUCGUGGGUCCGUCAGAAGUCUGUUGCCACUAGCUUCAGUGGGGCCAGGCCUCUUUGGUCCCCUUGUUUAUGAUGGACCCCAAAAAGGGAUCCAUCUAGGAAACCAAACUUCUUCAGAGGGGAAGGGCCAGAAAAGAACUAAGGGAAUCUAACCCACGAUGUUCUUAUCUAUAAAUGUCUGACCCUGUAUCAAAUCUUGUGAAGCUCUUGCUCUUGAUGCUGUCUUGUGGCAGUGAGUUCCACCGGCUACAGAGAUCAAAGGAAAUUCUCUUUCACACAAUGCACCGGGUUACAUUUGCUGCCCUUCAUUUUCAGUGAACACUAUGUAUAAGCGAAUGCACAAGGGUUUUCUAGGAUGGGAGGAAGUUCAACAAAUGGGUGGUAAAUGAGGGGUGAAUUCACCCAUCAUCCAGGGACCAAAGAGCACCCCCCGCUCAGCAUUUGGAUGGAGAGGCCCGAGGCCUAGUUAUAAACAGCUUUGUCCCCAUGGAAGCUGCAGUGGGGGAUAAAUGUUUGCAGACCCAGACUUUUAAGUGGGCAGGGCAUGAUGGAGGCCGCUUGAUUGCAGGGGGUGUUUCUCUGAAGAGGGGUUAGAAAAGGGGAGUAUAAGAUGGAUUUAGUGGGUUGAACUGGCCUGGUUACUUUGCAAAGCUUCUCCUAUGUCCACACUCGUGUGUGCGCGUGUGCGUGUGCGCAGCCACGGAAUUGUGCCACUGGCAUGUGCGUGAUACACAAUCCCUGGAGAAGCGGCUGCCCCCUGAGUGGGGCCAGGGAUGCUGCAGCAGAAGGGCUAGGACAUGUGCCCCGAGCCUUGUCCUGAACAAUGAAGGGGCUCCUGGGUCUCUGUCACGCUGCUGCAGUCUCAGACCUCCCGUUCAGCCAUCCUGUCUAGCCAAGCAAAGGGGCUGUUAAAGCCCAGAGGGGGAUGAAACAGCCUGGCUGGGUGGGAGUGGGGCAUUCCUGGCCUCUGCUCUGCGCUUUGAGGAGGAGCUGGCUAAGUGGCAGCCCAGCCUCAGAUCAGAAGGCCCUAGAUACGCUCCACUGCACAGUAGGGGCUGGAGAGGCAAUGCCAGCGGGUGAGGGGACAGGAUGUUUGGGGCUUGGAGGGUCUUUGUUAAUGUCAAAUGUUACCAAUUGCUCACUUUGCCUGUCUGGCAGAGGGGAGGCAGCUAGUCAGGUGAGUGGAGGGCAGAGAGCCAGGACUCCUGGGUUCUAUUCCUGGCCCUGGGAGCGGAGUGGAGUCUAGUGGUUAAAGGAGAGGAGUUGGGGGACCGGGAGCCAGGACUCCUGGUUCUAUUUCUGGCUUUACCGUUGAUUCCCUGUUGGGUUAGUCACUUCCCACUUCAGUACCUCAGUCUCCCCCCCCCCCCCGAAAUCACAAUCCUACUGCCCAGUCUCCCAGGGACGUCAUGCGUUUGUGACUCCAUGUGAAGGGUUUUGGAGACGUAAAAGCCCUACACGCUGUAAGCACUAAGUGGGGAUGGGUCAGGAUGUGGGUUUCUCCAGGGGGUUCUGGUGACUCUACCUUGGCUCUCAGGGUUUAUAUUGUUACCAAAACUCCCUUGAUUAAAAAUGCAGCCUUAUCAGGAGAAAAACAUGGUCUAGUGGCUAGAGCACAGGACAUUGGGGUUCCAUUCCCAGCUCCUGCUGGCUGACCUUGAACAGCUCGCAGUACUAUGUGCCUCAGUUUCCCCAUCUGUGAAAUGGGGCAAAUACCUGCCUGACUGUGGUUGUGGGGCUCCCUGUUGUCUGUAAAGCGCCCAGAGGCUGGGCAGUGCCGCAGAAGCAUAGCAUUAGAGAUGAUACACUAGGUCGGGAUUUAUUCCAUCUGUUUUUCCCCCCCCUCCCUUUCUCUUACUGUUGGAAAUAGAUUGCUACAAACGAUUCCAAACUGUGAGGCUUUAGCUGAGCCAGGCAGCACUGGAGGCAGUGGGUGUGGCGUAGGGCGCUCAGAGAUGGGCUGAGAGCAUGAAGCCUCUUGUAUUCAGUGUACUGUGUUCGCUGUGGAUUGUAAAAAUGCCAAUAAAUCAACUCUUCGGUUUUA